AUGGGAAAGUAUCAUAAAAUGAUGAAUAUUCGAUUAUUUUUUGUUUUAUUUAUAUUACAUUUGCAAUCUUCUAAGACGCAGGAUGUUUUUGCAGAUGUUCCAUCGAAUUCGUCCUCUACCCGACCUAGUGUUUUAAAUACAACAGCUUUACCAGCCCCAACCGAUGUUAGUCUAAAUAUUUCUUGGACGUAUGCAGUGGGAACAACGAGAAUAAAAAUGAUGAUAAACAAUUUAAAAGCUCAACAAUGGAUAGCCAUGGGUCUAUCGUUAGAUGGAAAAAUGGGUGAAACGCAUGUAUUUCUUUUUCAACAUUUUCAAAAUAAUACUCUUGAUUUAAUACGAUUAAUUAAUCCAAGUGAUCAUGAUGAUCCUGUUGCUGCGCCACCACAUUCUGGAGGAUCCUUCUCAAUUGUACGAACACAACUUAUAAAUAAUGUUAUUUUAUGCGAAUUUACAUUAUCAAAUUUUACUGCAACGGAUAUACAGCAGUUACAAAAUAUUCCACCCUUAACUCAAACAACUUCGUAUCAUCCAAUCAUCGCUCUAGGACGUCUGGUGGGUCAAAGUAAGUAGAAAAAAAAAUUUCAAUAUAGUUUUAUUAAUUUCCACUCAAAAAACUAAUUUCCCUUUAGUGCUUAAGAUGCACGGAAAGCAGAAUUCGAGCGAAAUUUAGAUUUAGCUCGCUUAUACACCAUUCGAUAGAGAAUUGAAUGAGAAUCACGAAUAUCACGUCCCCAUCUUCCAAAACCGUUUCUCCGCUGAGAUAUCCUUACAAUACUUGGAGCAUGUCAAAAACCUUAAAAAUCUACGUUUCAAAAACGUGACCCUAGGUUUUCCGGAUUCCGUUUUCGAGUUUUCAGGUCAAAUGUUUCAGAUUCAGCGCUGAAAACUGAAUCUGGAAAAGCACCUUUCAGACUUCUAGGACCAAAAAUGGAUUCUUUCCGAUGACUAAAACCGCACGUGUUGAAAGCGUGCAUCAAACUUUGUUGCUCUAAUUCAAGCUUUCCCAAAGGAUCUAGUGCCAAAACGUUUACAUGGGAUGUGCGCCAGAGGCCAGGCUUCAAACUGAUAAAGAGCUUUUUUCGAAAUUCUUUUUCUUUACUGAGAAAAUCGACUUUUACUGAGCACGUCUCCAAGACGACCAAGUCCUUUUGCACUAUUUUUGCGAGUUCUGUUUCAAAGUCACUUCUAUUAACGCAGAAUGGGUUAGAAACGAUGGAAAAUCUGAUGAUGAUGGCGUAGAGAUCUGCACAGGGUUUCCAGAGGAUCUCUGGUGGGUUUGAGAGGUUUUACCGAUUCUAACUCUCUUCAAAAACCAUCGGAUACCCUCUGGAAACCCUGUGCAGAUCACUACGCCACCAUCAUCAGAUUCUCCACCAUUUCUAACCCAUUCUGCGUUAAUAGAAGUGACUUUGAAACAGAACUCGCGAAAAUAGUGCAAAAGGACUUGGUCGUCUUGGAGACGUGCUCAGUAAAAGUCGAUUUUCUCAGUAAAGAAAAAGAAU